UACCUAUUUGCUUGGAAGGCCGGUAAGAAGUUUUUCUACAAUUAGUCUAUCGUUGGAUUUCUUGGUUGCUCUCUUCAAUUCCCUGAAUUGAUGCGAUAAUCAGUCCUCAAUCGUCUACGGUCCGUCGUCAUCGAGUCUCGACAAUUGGAGGGAGUGCGGAUAUGGAGAUUGACGAGAUUCUGGGGGAAUCUAAGCACACAAGGAUUCCGACAAAGAGUGUCAUUUACAUUUGGGGAUACAACCAGUCGGGCCAAACGGGUCGGAGGGACAAAGAGGGGAAUCUGCGCAUCCCGAAGCAGCUGCCGCCGGACCUAUUCGGUUGUCCCGCCGUCGGUGGAAAUUCGCGGUGGCUGGAUAUCGCUUGUGGUCGCGAACACACUGCAGCUGUGGCCUCCGACGGCUCGCUCUUCACAUGGGGAGCUAAUGAAUAUGGACAGCUGGGGGAUGGGACUGAAAGGGGCAGAAAGUACCCAAAGAAGGUGAAGAAUUUGCAAUCUGAAUUUGUGAUAUCUGUGUCCUGUGGAGCACAUUGCACUGCUGCAAUUGCCGAGGCGCGGGGAGAAGAAGAAGGGUCUGUACCUAAGAGGAGAAUGUGGGUAUGGGGGCAAAAUCAGGGUUCCAAUUAUCCACGCCUCUUUUGGGGAGCGUUCGAUUCAAACAAGGUUGUUCAAGUUUCUUGUGGUGCUGCUCAUGUGGUUGCUCUGUCAGAAGAUGGAUUCCUUCAAGCAUGGGGUAAUGUCCGAUAUGUCCCAUAUUUACCAAUUGUGCCCGGCUAUAAUGAAUAUGGUCAGCUUGGGAGAGGCAUUACAUGUGAAGGCCUUCAGGGGGCUGGAAUAAUUUACAGUUAUGCUAGGUUCCUUGAUGAAGUACCCAAAAGUGUGACGAUUACCCAGGUUUCAUGUGGAGAGUACCAUACUGCAGCUAUAUCAAAUGAAGGCGAGGUCUAUACCUGGGGUCUUGGAAGCAUGGGCCAACUAGGACAUUGUUCUCUUCAAUCUGUCGAUAAAGAACUCUUGCCUAGGCGUGUAGUCGCCCUAGAUGGGAUUUUCAUUAAGGAAGUCGCAUGCGGUGGCGUGCAUACGUCUGCUUUGACCGAGAAAGGAGGGCUGUAUGCUUGGGGGGGUGGUCAGGCAGGGCAGUUAGGUCUCGGCCCCCUAAAUGGAUUCUUUUCUUGCACACCUAAUGUGUCGCAAAACAUGCUCAGGAACUUACCAGUUUUGGUGAUCCCUGAUGGAGUGAAGCUCGUCUGCUGCGGUCAUUCUCAUACUCUUGUAUGUAAUAAGGAAGGUCGGAUAUAUGGAUGGGGUUACAACAACUACGGCCAGGCAGCUAACGAGAAGACUACUUACGCAUGGUACCCUUCUCCGGUUGAUUGGUGUGUUGGGGAAGUUCGGAAAUUAACUGCUGGAGGUGGGCAUUCAGCAGUGUUGACGGAUGCGUAUUCUUUGAAGGAGCUUUGUGAGUUUUCAUUGGCAAACAGUGUGACUCUAUCGAAUGCAUCGGAGAUUGAGGAUAUAGCGUUAAGAACUGGCUCUGAUUCUUUAGCUCGGUAUUGUGAACGAAUAAGGGAGCAUUUGUUGAACGGUGGAGAUUCGAUUUACGGAGGGCUUAGCUGAAAUCGCAAUUUGAAUUGAUGGUACAGCUUAAAUUUGCCCUCCAGUUUUAAUUUUCUUGAUGUAGAAAGGAAUUAUCUUGUGUUAGGAAAGUAGGGAUUUUAUCUUUUGUGUAACUUGAAACUGUACAUGUUGUUAUGUUGUAUUGGCGAUGAACUCAUCGAUGAUGAUCGCCGGUUGGGGUUUCCGGCCUCGAAGGAAUUAAUAAAGAAUAUGUCUGUAAAUUUUAGGAUCAUCCAUUCGACUGGUUUUGAUCUUUAGGAAGAUACAAUUGUAAGGAACAAUAAAGACAUGUUUUGAUUGUAAGUUGAAUUGUGGUUCAAGACAUCUUGAUCUUGAUGUAUAUACUCCAAAAUAUAUAGGUUUUGUUGUUUUUUUGGAUUCUA